AUGACAUUUGCAAGAGAAUUGAAGCAAACAAAUGAAAUCAAAGGUGUUCAUACACAGUAUAUCAGUUUCACAACUACUCAUGCAUGUAUUACUCCGAAAUGGGAUCUUGAUGUUAUAAAUACUAUCUCUGAUGAUAUUUUUACUCUUAUCAAAUCUAGAGACAAUAAUCUUGGGAAUCAUACCCUUCCAUUUAAUGGAAAUUACCAUAGGUCUUUUGGUGAAAGAGUUGUUGGCGUCACACCUUUUUACUCCGUUUGGUGGGGUUCAAGGUUUCAAACCUUAAAUUUGUUUAAUGAAGAUGUUGAACAGAACUAUUGCUAUAUAGAUGGCAUGCAUGAUUCAAAUUGUUAUUGGUUUGUAAAACCUGAUGGGUUUUAUGCAUCUGCAUAUCCAAAUCCAAGUGGAGAUAAGGUGUAUUUUGUACAACAUUGGAACUAA